CACAAGUCGUGUGGGGAGGAUCCAUGUCGAGCGAAGGGUACGACGAGGUAUAUCGGCUCAAGUCGAACCACAAGGAGCUGCUCAUGCACAAGCGAACGUUGGAGCGACAGCUCGAAGUGAAGCAGGAGCAGCUCAAGGAACUGAAGAAAGCGAUUGAAGCGUGCGAAGUACAGCUGUACGACGAUGCCCCGAUCGUCCGCAAGCGAGACCGUGUGACAUUAACCAACGGCGUCAAUGGCAGCAAUGCUUCCAAACGACCAAAUGCAUCGUCCGAGUGACGUUCAUGCCGACGAUUCUUGUGCACGACUCCACUUGUGCUGCUACAACGACGGCGACUUGCACGGGUCGAUAUAUAACACUAUUUAUUUCACUUUCUAUCAAACACUA